AUGGGAGCAGCAAAGACUUCCUGCAGCAACACAACACUAGCUCUAUUCUUCAUCUUCCUUUCUCUGUGUUCAGCCUCCUCUCAAGGCAAAAUGUCAUUGGGGGAAAACAAGCAGCGGAAGCCAUGCAAGACCAUGACUCUCUACUUCCAUGACAUUCUUUACGACGGCACCAACGCGGAGAACGCGACCUCGGUGAUAGUGGCGGCGCCGGAGGGCCACAACCGCACGAUACUGGCGGAACAGUUCCAUUUCGGGAACAUUGUGGUAUUCGACGACCCGGUAACGAAGGACAACAACCUGCACUCGGAGCCGGUGGGGCGGGCGCAGGGGCUGUACCUGUACGACACCAAGAACACGUUCACGGCGUGGCUGGGGUUCACGUUUGUGCUGAACACGACGGAGCACAGCGGGACCCUGCAGUUCAUGGGGGCGGAUCCCAUCAUGGUGAAGCACAGGGAUGUGUCGGUGGUAGGGGGCACCGGCGACUUCUUCAUGACCCGGGGAGUUGCUACUGUUUCGACGGAUUCGUAUGAGGGGAGCGUGUACUUCAGGCUGCGGGUCAACAUUAAGUUGUAUGAGUGUUGGUGA